UGCAAUGGCUCAACAAGCAAAAAGUUGUUACUUAAAGAGCAAUGAUAAGGCAUUAGUGACAGUAUACUUGCCACAUCAGAAACCAGUCAUUAUAGGACGUUGUCCAGAGACAAACAUUACAGAUACUCAGUGCUCUAGACAACAAGUGCAAUUGUGUGCAGAUUACCAAGAGUACAAAGUCUUUAUUCAGCAGCUUGGCAAGAGACCUUGUGGGUUCAAUGGCUUCAAGACACGUAAAGAUGUUAAGUUCAUAGGGAAUCAUGAAGACUGUUUAGAAAUUUUAUACGGUAAACAUACCUAUCAAAUUGAAUUCAAUCCUCCUCCCCCGAAAACCUUCCUACCUGAGAAAAGACCUAGAGAUACAAAUGUAAGCACAGAAGAUGAAUAUUCUUGCAAAGUAGCAAAAGUCGCAGAAAAUAAUGUAAAGCAUAGUAGUCCUAAGAAAGAAGAGCAAGAGGAAGAAACAAAGAAAGGAAAAAACCAAACAAAAAGUCCUGAGGGCAUUUUGAAAUUCCUAAAAAAAGGUGACAUGAGUUCAGGUCAGUCAGAACAAAAAGGUACCUCAAUAAAUUUAGAUGAACACAGUUCAUGGGAAAGUAAAGAUAGUGGAGCAUUGUUAAUGUAUACAACACAAGGUGUAGAAGGUCGCUCGAAGAUAGCUGCAUACGAUAUGGAUGGAACACUGAUAACAACACGUUCUGGCUUGGUGUUUCCAAAAGAUUAUGAUGACUGGCAGCUCAUAUAUCCUGAGGUGUCAGGGAAAUUAAAAAAACUCCAUGGUAGUGGCUAUAAAAUAGUAAUUUUCACUAAUCAAGGAAGUCUUGGAUCUGGAAAGCUGAGCGCUAAGUUAUUCAAAAAUAAAAUAAAACAUGUAGCACAACGAAUUGGUGUGCCAAUGCAGAUUUUUAUAGCUACUGGAAGUAGCAUUUAUAGGAAGCCAGCGAUUGGUAUGUGGCAGAAAUUGGUAGAAAACAACGAUUCCGUAUCUAUCGACGAAGACAGUUCAUUUUACGUCGGAGAUGCAGCAGGACGACCUAAAAAUUGGGCUCCAAAAAAGAAGAAAGAUCACUCACUGGCCGAUAGAUUGUUAGCUCUGAAUUUAGGCUUGAAAUUUUAUACCCCAGAAGAACACUUCCUUGGACACAAAGAAGCACCUUAUGUAUUGCCCACGUUUAAUCCAAAGAACUUGCCGACAGUUGAUAUAAGCAUAGGAGCUAACGUGACUUCAAGUAUUCAAGAGAUAGUUCUGAUGGUGGGAUGUCCAGCUUCUGGCAAGUCUCAUUUUGUCAAGAAUCAUCUAAAACACUAUGGAUAUGUGAACAGAGAUACUCUUAGAAGCUGGCAGAAAUGCAUCAGUGUAAUGGAGGAACAUCUAGCUGAAAAGAAGAGCGUGGUCGUGGAUAAUACUAAUCCAGACCCUUCAUCUAGAAAACGCUACAUAGAAGUGGCAAAGAAACAUGGGGUUCCUGUGCGUUGUUUCGUCAUGACGACGACCUUUGAACAUGCCAAACACAACAACAAGUUUCGAGAAUUAACGGAUCCUAGUCAUGUUAAAAUUACCGAAGUGAUUAUUAACUCUUUCCUGAAGAAUUAUCAACCCCCAAGCCUAGACGAAGGUUUUACGGAAAUCGUACAAAUUAACUUCGUGGCAACGUUUGAGAAUGAUGAACACCGGCGAUUUUAUGAAAUGUAUUUGCUCGAACAUUAAGAAUGCUUGUCUUUUAAGUAUAAGAACGUGAUAUAUACAUGUUUAAAUUUAGCCGAGAAUCUCUUAUACAAUAUUUAUUUCACAGCGAUAGACGUAGUUCGACAAGAGAAGCUAGUCUUCAUUCGAACUUUAUUUAAAAGAUAUUGUAAUGAUGGUAACUUUUUAAUCAAAAAAAUUAUGCGAAACGACUAUUUACUUAUUUCCUUUCAUAUUUGGAAUUAGAAGAACAUAUGGCCACCCUCAAUCCGGCAACUUAUAAUUUAUAAUACGUAUUCUUUGUUACGCUUAAUUGUACAAGUAGUAGCACAAGGUAAUUAAAGACC